CUCUUAGAUGUUAAAACCCUGAGCACCUUUGGCAGGGAGAGUGACCUCUGAAAUCUGCAGCACCUGUUACAGGGGAGCAAUAUUAGGGAAGGAAUUGCUGUCCAAGGAAAAGCAGCAGCUUCAACUUGUGUCCCAUGGGAGACAAGUGAAUCUGAAGUUAUAUAUUAUGUAAGACGUAGGGGGAUGACAGCAGUUUAUCAUUAACCUGAACUCUGCAAGAGGCUUAUAAGGAAAGGAGAGAAAGAAGAAGAAAGCCAGAGAAGCAGCCAAGAUGGAAUCCUCCCAAAGGAUCAACAAUCCUGCGGACAUCUCUGUUAUUGUCAUCUAUUUUUUGAUAGUCCUGGCAGUGGGACUAUGGGCUAUGUACUCAACCAACCGUGGGACGGUAGGCGGAUUCUUUCUGGCUGGACGGAGCAUGGUGUGGUGGCCGAUUGGUGCUUCUCUGUUUGCUAGUAACAUUGGAAGUGGACAUUUCGUGGGCCUGGCAGGAACAGGAGCAUCUUCAGGAAUUGCCACCGGAGGAUAUGAGUGGAAUGCUCUGAUAUUUGUGGUUGCCCUGGGAUGGCUGUUUGUACCCAUCUACAUCAAAGCUGGGGUGGUGACAAUGCCAGAAUAUCUGAAGAAGCGUUUUGGUGGCAAACGAAUUCAGAUUUACCUGUCACUCCUUUCUCUGUUACUGUACAUUUUCACAAAGAUCUCAGCAGACAUAUUCUCUGGAGCUGUAUUUAUAAAUCUGGCUAUGGGACUGAAUAUUUAUUUGGCCAUAGUUAUCCUGCUUGCUAUUACUGCUCUUUACACCGUCACAGGUGGCCUGGCAGCUGUGAUUUACACAGACACCCUACAAACAUUUAUCAUGAUAGUGGGAGCCUUUAUUCUCACGGGAUUUGCAUUUUCCGAAGUAGGAGGGUAUGACAAUUUUGUGACAAAGUAUAUGGCUGCAAUUCCAUCCAAUAUCUCCUAUGGAAAUACUACAAUUGAUCCAGACUGCUAUACUCCUCGGAAAGAUUCCUUUCACAUCUUCCGAGAUCCCAUCAGUGGAGAUCUGCCAUGGCCAGGGCUUGUCUUCGGUAUGAGCAUCAUUACUCUGUGGUACUGGUGCACAGAUCAGGUUAUUGUCCAGAGAUGUCUCUCUGGCAAGAACAUGUCCCACGUGAAGGCCGGCUGUAUCAUGUGCGGGUACCUGAAGAUCCUGCCUAUGUUUCUCAUGGUGAUGACUGGAAUGAUCAGCCGAAUUUUGUACACAGAUGUGGUGGCUUGUGUUGUGCCUGAAAUCUGUCAGCGGGAAUGUGGCACCGCAGUUGGCUGUACAAAUAUUGCUUAUCCCAAGAUGGUAGUAGAGCUUAUGCCAAACGGUCUGCGGGGUCUGAUGUUGUCAGUCAUGUUGGCCUCCCUUAUGAGCUCCUUGACUUCCAUUUUUAACAGUGCUAGUACUUUGUUCACUAUGGACAUUUACACCAAGAUUCGACCACAAGCAGCUGAGAAAGAGCUCAUGUUAGCAGGAAGGGCAUUUAUGUUAGUUUUAACUGGUGUCAGCAUUGCCUGGGUUCCUGUGGUACAGUCAGCUCAAAGUGGGCAACUCUUUGACUACAUGCAGUCAGUCACCAGCUACCUGGGACCACCAAUUGCUGCUGCCUUCCUGCUUGCUAUCUUCUGCAAGCGGGUCAAUGAGCCGGGUGCCUUCUGGGGCAUGCUCGUUGGGCUGAUAGUUGGACUCAUUAGAAUGAUCACAGAGUUUGCCUAUGGAACUGGCAGCUGUGUCAACCCUUCCAACUGUCCAUUCAUCAUCUGUGGGAUUCAUUACCUUUACUUCGCAAUAAUUCUCUUUGGGAUUAGCUUCAUCAUCAUCUUGGUAGUCUCCCUAAUGACUAAGCCCAUUCCUGAUGUACACCUUCACCGCUUGUGCUGGACUUUGCGGAAUAGCAAAGAGGAACGUAUUGAUCUUGAUGCAGAUGAGCAGGAGAAACCUGAUGAAAAAGAUGUGGAAUCAGUUUCAGAGGAAAAUGAAGAAGAGCCAGGAUGCUUAAAGAAAGCUUACAACUGGUUCUGUGGCUUAGAUAUGCAAAAAGGACCCAAACUGAGCAAAGAGGAGGAGGAAGCAAUGCGGAGGAAACUGACUGACACUACAGAAGUGCCACUUUGGAGAAAUGUUGUGAAUAUCAAUGGCGUCAUCCUAUUGACCGUGGCUGUAUUUUGCCAUGCCUAUUUUGCAUAAACCUCUGAUUACAGUUCUAAAAUUGUACUGUAUUAUUCAGCAAAGACAAUGACUUGUAAAUUUACAGAGUUAGAUACACUUGAUAUUUUCAUUGUUUAAGUUUGUAAAAAUUAGAAUGAUUCAUUCAUUGGUUUUGUGAUUGUAAUUUCAACAGUCUAAAGGGCAGGGCUAUUGGGAUGUCAAGAGAGAGAAUUUCUGUUUAGACAUUGAAUCAGUCCAGGAUCAGUCCUGGUUCAGAACUUCCAUCCAAUGUUCUCUCUUCUUAUGAUACAUUUCAUAUCUGAGGUGCAGAUGAAGGCUGUAUGAGCCAUAUGAACCUUAAAGGGUUGAUGAUACUGGUUUGAUUUUCACUCCUUUUUUGAACAUUCAGAUUUCUUUUUCCUUACAAUAAUUCAAUAACAACAACAACAACAGCAAAAUGAACUGAGGGGCUGUUCUAUGGAUUCAAGAUAAACAAUCACUUUUAUUCCCUCUAAGCACAGGAUACCUUAAGUAAAAGUGUAUAUAUUUGUGUAUUUGACACUGUCUAUUUUUCUGUUAUCAGUUUUCCCCCUCCUCUAACUUUCUCUGACAUAUUUCAUUGGGUUGUGUUUCUCAGUAUUCAGUGGAACAGUAAACAUCUGAAUUGAUUGGGAUUUGAAAUUAGGCAAAGCAGGUCUCAAUAAGCCUAAAAAGAAUUCUGCUUAUGAUAGAUUCUCUGUUUAAGGUUAACUUCAAAAGCUGCCCCUCUCUGUAUAUUUUAAUGUGUAUCUAUACUUGAAUGGGAAGGUUUAUUUAUAUAAAAUACACACAUUAUAUACAUACAUACAAUACAUUGUGUGUGUGUGUGUGUAUAUAUAUAUAAAAUACAUAUACAUGUGUGCAUGUAUAUAUAUGUGUGUGUGUGUAUAUAUAUAUAUAGAUAGAUAGAUUUGUGGAGUCAUUUCCAGCUUGGUGUGUCAAAAUUAAUCUCUUCCCAUAGUUACUAGGACCCGUUUUUUGUGGGGAUGGUGUAGAUUAUUAUUUAGUUGCCUCUUUCUGUGGACUGUGCUAUGUAACAAUCCAUGCACACGGUUAAAAGUUCAAAGCAUCGGAAUGCUGGGUUUGCAUUUUUCUUUCAAGCACAUUUAAGGGCUUUACACUGUUUUUCUGCAAAACUACAAAUCUCUCUUCUGGAGGCUGCAUUGAGAAAUAUAAUUCAUGCUGUAUGACAAUUAAGUAUGACUAUGAGUUAAUGAAGGAGAAUAGGCACAGCUGUGGGAUAUCAGCUAAACUAGUCUGAUUGUCUUCAGUUGAUUAGGAUAUUUGAAACCAACUGAAGACACAGGAAAAGACAGAUGUGAUACUUCAAAACACACAAAAAAAUAGACUUUCUUACCAUCUAAUUCAGCAUUUUGGGGAAUUGACUAUAAAAAGAAGACAUCAGUUGCUGCAGUCAAGCUACAUAACAAUUCCUUGUUACUGUUGUACGUGUGUCACAGCAUGCUGCAGGGUCUCAGAUCAUCUCAGUGCAGCAUGUUGUCCCGCGGUAUUUUGCAUCAGGAUGCACUGGACUGCAAGAAGUCUCACUAGGAAGCUAAUAUAGUGUCUCUGUACAUGCUCCACCACAAAGCUGCUAAGUCCUGCAGCUUUAAUCGCUGUCACUUUACAGUCUUCUCACAAUAUCUUUUCUUCUCUUGAAUCCCAAACAAAAUCUCAGAUCUUCAGUAAAAUCCCUGCAGUAUACUGAAAUGUUUUGCAUAGGACAGAUCAAAUCAAUGUGUUAUAAAUACCAGUGCAAACUGUCUUCUUACAAUUAAUGCAGUGAUAGAGUAUUUUAAAGAUCAUGGAAUUAAUUAUAUUUAAUGAACUAUGAAGGCUUGUAUGUAUUAAAGUAUUUGUAUAUUUUAAAGUA